CAUGUCGUACGUUUGUUUACAUUUUCUGCUUUGUGAUUUUUCUCUCACAAUUUUUUCCUUGAAUUUUCCACAAUGUCCAAGCGUUGCUGUGCCCGAACUUGCUUCAAUUCGCAGGUGAAUAAUAAAUCCGGAGAAGUUUUCUACUUUGGUGUACCCAAAUAUGAGAAAUAUGCCGAAAGGUGGUUAACAGCAGCUGGCAGGGAAGAUCUCCUUUCAAAGCCUCUCGUGAAGCUGGUGAAGUAUUUCAUGUGUUCCGACCACUUUGAGGAUCAUUGCUUCGUUCCCGGAUCCAAAAGGUCUGUGCUGAGGAAACAAAUGCAUCCUCUGGAGAUUCCCGUACCUACAAUCUUCAAGUCAAACAUUGACAAAUUCGUACCUAAAGCCACUAAAAUUGUACAGAAUCAAGAAGAAAGUCACAGAGAGAGUGGCAGGAGGAAAGCACCAAAUACCUCCAUCAUUGUGAAAGAAGAAACUUCCAUUAGUUCCGUGGGGGAAGCUCCGGAAAUAAGAAUUUUAAAUCAGAAUUUCAAAAAGGAAGUCGAGACAAAAGAUGACUCAAAUUCCAUAAAGGAGUUUUACUUGACGAUUGAGGAUGAAAAUGAGAUGGAUGAAGAUGAAGUUCAGGAAAUAAAUUCUCCCUUUAUAGAUAUGUGUCGCCUAUGCAGUGUAAAAGUCGACGAUACGAAAACAACACAACUUUUCCCCAUUUUCUCACGACCAGACAUUGUAGAGAAGCUCAAUGUUAUCCUUCCGGGAGUGAUCCAAGAAAACGACGGAUGGCCGCAGGAGAUUUGUAAUUUAUGCUUAAAGAAAGUAACGUACUGUGCUACCUUUAUCAGUGGAUUCAUCGCUGCACAGGAUGUUUUUAUGAAUAUGAGAUGAAACUACUGAACUAUCGAAGACUUCUGAGGCUGCGGAUCUUAUAGAGGAACUACAAAAUGCUUGGUAACGUACACUCCGAACAUUUCCAAACUAUUUUAUUGAUAAAAUUAAAAAUUUAAACCAUUUAA